AUGCGCUCGCUCAGGUCCAAGGGAUCCUCCCGAACUAGUCUACGCACGCGCCAGCUCUGGGCUCACGGAGCUGUCUGGGCAGGCUGCCCCUUUCCCAGCCCUCCCUGCAGCGGAGCAGAGGGGAGAAUUUCAGCAGCAGCGACAGAGGUGCAGGAGUGGUCCAUGGACCUGCCAGAGGACCCGGCUAGUUCCACUGAACCAAUGUACCUCUGGGAGCAGCCUGAAGAAGUGACUUCAGGACCACUGCUCAGCCUGGAGGAACAGAUCCUUAACUCCACAUUUGAAGCCUGUGACCCUCACAAGACAGGCACUGUGGCUGUAACCCACCUCCUGGCCUACCUGGAGGCUGUGACAGGGCAAGGGCCCCAGGACGUGCGUCUCCAAACCCUGGCCCGAAGCUUAGACCCUUAUGGGAAGGGUGAUGGGGCGACUGUGGAGUUGGACACCUUUCUGGUAGUCAUGCGGGACUGGAUUGCUGCCUGCCAGCUGCAUGGGGGAUUAGAGCGGGCAGAGGAGACGGCCUUCGGGGGAGCCCUAGCUUCUCCACACCUGCCAUCUGCAUGCCCAGAAGCUGAGGAGCCAGCCAACUUAGAGAGCUUUGGAGGAGAAGACCCCAGGCCUGAGGGGCCUGCCACAGCUGAGCUGCUGAGCAGCCUGGAGGACCUAGAGCUCAGCAACCGGCGCCUCGCUGGUGAGAACGCCAAGCUGCAGCACAGUGUUGAGACUGCUGAGGAGGGUUCAGCGCGCCUAGGGGAGGAGAUUGCAUCCCUGCGCAAGCAGCUGCGAAGCACCCAGCAGGCCCUGCAGGUGGCCAAGGCUUUGGAUGAAGAACUAGAGGACCUGAAGACUCUGGCCAAGAGCCUGGAAGAGCAGAAUCGCAGCCUGAUGGCCCAGGCCCGGCACACAGAGAAGGAGCAGCAGCACCUGGUAGCUGAGGUGGAGACGCUACAGGAGGAGAACGGGAAGCUGCUAGCAGAGCGAGAUGGCGUGAGGAGGCGGAGUGAGGAGCUAGCCACAGAGAAAGAUGCUUUGAAGCGGCAGCUCCGUGAGUGCGAACAGCUCAUUUGUCAGCGUGAAGCAGUCCUCUCCGAGCGUACCCGCCAUGCAGAGAGUCUGGCCCAGACUCUGGAGGAGUACAGAACCACCACCCAGGAACUAAGGCAAGAAAUCUCAAACUUGGAAGAGCAGUUGAGUCUGAGCCAGGAAGGCCCAGAGGAGCUCCUGGAACGGGCUGAGGUGGGAAGAGUAGGCUGGAUCAUGGCAGCACCCCCAUCACUGGACCUGGAGAUUCAGGCUAUCCGGCAGGAGCAGGAUGCAUCAGGUGUUGGCCUCUCCAGUCCUCUGUAUGGAGUGUGGCAGUGGGAGGAGGCUGAGCCGCAUGAGGAAACUGAGUUUCCCUCUGAGGUGAGCAGAGGAGUCUCUGAGCCACAAAAGUUAGUGGAGUUUGUGACUGAGGUCCCAGGCACAAAAGAGACAAACUUCCAGAGAGAGCCACUGCAUGGUCUAGAAGGAAGCAGAACACCAUCCUCAAGGUUGUCCAGAAGACAGGAAGAAGAGGAAGAAGAAAGCUGGGUCCUGGUUGGCCCCACCAGCCCUCUGGGAACCCCUGGCUAUGAGCUUGACCCAGGAAGCUCUCCUGAGAGCUGUCAAGAUGUGCCAGAGGUGCAGCAAGCCCUCUUGCCUGUGGUGAGAGAGCUGGUGCCAGUCAAGAGGCCCUGGGCCCAGCACUGCCUGCGCCCCCAGCACUCCCCAGGGCUCAGAAUCAGCCAACAUCCACUGGUCCCCACGCCUGUCUUGGGCCUGCUGCUGCUGCUGCUGCUCUCCAUCCUGCUGCUGAGCCAGUCCCCGACACCCACUUGGCCACACCUGCAGCUCUACUACUUGCAGCCCCCACCAGUGUGA